AUGGUGCAGCAGCGGGGCGCGAGGGCCAAGCGGGAUGGCGGGCCGCCGCCCCCGGGGCCCGGGACUACCGAGGAGGGGGCGCGCGAGCCCGGCUGGUGCAAGACCCCGAGCGGCCACAUCAAGAGGCCAAUGAACGCGUUCAUGGUGUGGUCGCAGCACGAACGGCGGAAGAUCAUGGACCAGUGGCCCGACAUGCACAACGCCGAGAUCUCCAAGCGCCUGGGCCGCCGCUGGCAGCUGCUGCAGGACUCAGAGAAGAUCCCGUUCGUGCGGGAGGCGGAGCGGCUGCGACUCAAGCACAUGGCGGAUUACCCGGACUACAAGUACCGGCCGCGCAAAAAGAGCAAGGGGGCGCCCGCUAAGGCGCGGCCCCGCCCCCCCGGCGGCAGCGGCGGCGGCAGUCGGCUCAAGCCCGGGGCGCAGCUGCCUGGCCGUGGGGGCCGCCGAGCGCCGGGAGGGCCUUUGGGGGGCAGCGCAGCAGCGCCGGACGACGACGACGACGACGAGGAGCUACUGGAGGUGCGUCUGGUGGAGACCCCCGGGCGGGAGCUGUGGAGGAUGGUCCCGGCGGGACGGGCCGCCCGGGGACCGGUGGAGCGCACCCAGGGGCCGUCGGGCGAGGGGCCGGCAGCUACCGCCGCCUCCCCGACCCCGUCGGAGGACGAAGAACAGGAGGAAGAAGAGGAGGAGGGGGCGGCAGCGGAGGAAGGCGAGGAGGAGACGGUGGCGUCGGAGGAGGAGCCGCUGGGCUUUCUGACUAGGCUGCCCCCCGGCCCUGCUGGACUGGACUGCAGCGCCCUGGACCGCGACCCGGACCUGCCACCCCCUUCGGGCACGUCGCACUUCGAGUUCCCGGACUACUGCACCCCUGAGGUUACCGAGAUGAUCGCAGGGGACUGGCGCCCGUCUAGCAUCGCCGACCUGGUUUUCACCUACUGA